AAUAAAUAUAUAUAGAGCGCUCUAAAUAAAUAAAGUCUGAUAAAUAAAUAAUAUGAUUUAAUUUUACAUAAUCACAUUCAUUAUUUAGUCCAAGAGACAGUAUGACUCCAGUCUACUGGCAAAAGCUGUAGGUGCUGUUAAGGCCCGAAAGCUUAAUCCAACAACAGCUGCUAAGGAAUAUGGUGUCCCUAGGCAGACAAUAGUGGACAAGCUAAAUGCCAAAUAUGGUAAAAAUACAUCUGGACCUAGCCGCAUGUUGCUAGAGGAAGAAGAAACUGCCUUAGUGGAGUACAUCAAAUACAUGGGCCAACGAGGAUUCCCUCUUAAUAGACAGCAUUUAAGGAGUUAUGUGAUGGAGAUAAUAAACAGAUCACACAGAGAGUCGCUGUUCAACUUGGAGAAAGGUCCUUCUGACAAAUGGUGCAGAACAUUCAUCAACAGUCAUAAGGAAUUAGCAGAAAAGACCCCACAAGUCAGAGAUAGGGGCAGGACAAGAAUGUCAAACAAAACCGUUAUGGACAACUUUUUCAAGAAGUAUGAAACACUAGACAAUUUAGGUCUAAGAACAAAGCCAGGUUUGAUUUAUAACUGUGACGAGACUGGUUUUGUCGACAAACAGGGAAAUACCAGGAAAGUGAUAGGAGAAAAAGGUCGCCCUUGUAUCCAACAACAGGUUCACACAAUAGACCACGUAACAGCCCACAUGUGCGCGAGUGGAGAGGGAACCAUGCUACCGACAUUUUUGAUAUACCAAAAAUCUCUUCCCCACAGGCCGUAUAGAGAAGAUGUGCCCAGAUCCUGGAUGUUUGGUGUUUCUGAGUCAGGAUACAUGGACACAGAUUUGUUCCAGAUAUGGUUCAAAAAUAUUUUUUUGAAAUACUGUUCCAAGGAAAGACCUGUUCUAUUAUUACUAGAUAAUCAUGACAGUCACAUAUCAAUACCAGUUAUUGAUAUGGCUAGAGCAGAGCGUGUUGAAAUCCUUGCCUUCCCAGCACACACCACGCAUUUGCUCCAGCCCCUUGAUGUGAAUAUCAUUGGGCCUAUGAAAGAAAAGAUGAAGUCACUGGCCACCUCGAUAUACAGUAUAUAA